AUGUCGUCCACUCAGUUAGUUGUUAAAGAAGAAGAAUCUGUAAAUCUAUCUAGUAAUCUUUUGGAACCAACUGUUGUCAGUAAUUCAUUAGAGUCUAAUUUGAAUCGUUCAAUGAUGGAAGAAGUCCUAAUGGCUCAUUCCUAUGAAGAAAAUAAUGUAGUGGACCUGCUCAAUAAGAAUCAACCAGUUGAGAUUGAUGAAGAAACAAAAUCCAUUCUCAAUUCAAAACUUCCUCCAUUACCUUCUGUUAUCAGACGAAAGACAUCUAAUGUGGCACGUCCUCUUCCAAGAGUUCCAACCACUCCAAGUGAGCAGUCAGAAAUCAGUAGGAAAACAUCAUUUACAAAAUCACCUCCUACUCUUCCACAAAAGAAGCAUUCUUCUCCUGUUAAGGAACAAAAGAUUGAGAUGAAGGAAGAUAAACUAGAGAGCCUAACAAUUUUGGCUAUUCCUCCUCCACCAUCUAAUGCUAGUUCGAGCGUUCCACCAAUGAUGAAUAGUGACUCCAUUCCUCCUCCUCCUCCUACUCUUUCAGUAGGCUCAGUUCCACCUCCACCCCGUCAAGCGUGA